ACUAUACUAGAGAUGCAAACACCAAUGCCAAACUACAAUAACACAUUAAACUCUAAUUUCAUUUUUCUUCAACUUAAAUAAAAAUUGUUAAAAACAAGAAAUUUUAUUUUAUACAAACUUGCUCUUUUCAAUCCAUUAAUUGGCUACUCAUCCCUGUCCCCACCACUCUUAACUAUUCUCUAUAAAACCCAUCACAUUCCUCAAACCAAUUUCAACGUCAGACACUAAAUUCACCCCUCUGUUUUUCCGAUCCAUUAAAAUGGAUCUCCUCCUCCUCCAAAAAGCCUUAUACGCAAUCUUCUUCGCCAUUAUCAUAGCAGUCACAAUUUCUAAGCUCAAAGGUCGCAAGUUCAAACUCCCACCGGGUCCAAUCCCCGUACCCAUAUUCGGUAACUGGUUACAAGUCGGCGAUGAUUUAAACCACAGAAACCUAACCGAUCUAGCCAAAAAAUUCGGCGACAUUUUCCUUUUACGUAUGGGACAGAGAAACCUUGUGGUCGUCUCUUCCCCCGACCUCGCUAAAGAUGUUCUUCAUACACAAGGUGUCGAAUUCGGAUCUCGGACCCGAAACGUCGUAUUCGAUAUCUUUACCGGAAAAGGUCAAGAUAUGGUGUUCACCGUAUACGGCGAACACUGGCGGAAAAUGCGACGGAUCAUGACCGUUCCAUUUUUCACCAACAAAGUGGUGCAACAAAACAGAUUGGGUUGGGAAGCUGAAGCUGCGGCGGUUGUAGAAGAUGUUAAGAAGAAUCCGUUUGCUGCGACGGAUGGAAUUGUUUUGAGAAGACGAUUACAGUUAAUGAUGUAUAAUAAUAUGUACAGGAUUAUGUUUAAUCGGAGAUUUGAGAGUGAAGAUGAUCCUCUGUUUAAUAAGCUUAAGGCCUUGAAUGGCGAAAGGAGUAGAUUGGCUCAGAGUUUUGAGUAUAAUUAUGGUGAUUUUAUCCCUGUUUUGAGACCGUUUCUUAGAGGUUAUUUGAAAUUGUGCAAAGAAGUUAAAGAUAGGAGGUUGCAGCUCUUUAAGGAGUACUUUGUUGACGAACGCAAGAAGCUAGCUAGUACAAAGGGAGCAAGCAACAAUGAGCUUAAAUGCGCCAUUGAUCAUAUCUUGGAGGCUCAAGAUAAGGGUGAAAUUAAUGAGGAUAAUGUUCUUUACAUUGUUGAGAACAUUAACGUCGCUGCAAUUGAGACAACAUUAUGGUCAAUCGAGUGGGGUAUUGCAGAAUUAGUGAACCAUCCAGAAAUCCAAAGAAAAGUCAGAGAAGAAAUGGACACAGUUCUAGGAAAAGGACACCAAAUUACUGAACCAGACACUAUCAAAUUGCCAUACCUACAAGCAGUCAUCAAGGAAACUCUAAGGUUACGAAUGGCCAUACCUCUUCUUGUCCCCCACAUGAAUUUACAUGAUGCCAAGCUCGGAGGUUAUGACAUUCCUGCCGAGAGCAAGAUCCUAGUGAACGCGUGGUGGUUAGCUAACAACCCUGCCAACUGGAAGAACCCCCAAGAGUUCAGGCCCGAGAGGUUCUUGGAGGAGGAGUCUAAGGUCGAAACCAAUGGAAAUGAUUUCCGAUACCUUCCCUUUGGGGCGGGGCGAAGGAGUUGCCCUGGUAUCAUCCUUGCACUUCCUAUUCUCGGCAUUACCAUUGGUCGUUUGGUUCAAAACUUCGAGCUCUUGCCACCUCCUGGACAGUCUAAGAUUGACACCACUGAGAAGGGUGGGCAAUUCAGCCUGCACAUUCUAAAGCACUCCACCAUCGUACUUAAGCCCAGGAACUAAGUAACAUAAUCUUUUUGCUCUGCUCUGAUCUGAUCUUUAUACCUUCUCGUGUUUUCUAAGGAAAUCUUGUUUCUUUACUACUACUAUCAAUAUUGUUAUUUAAUUAUUUUGGUUACGAACAAUGUACUUCACCUGAGUUUUUAAGCAUAAAGUUACAACGA